AUGUAUGAGGAAGAUGAGGAAAUCGAGGAAGUUUCUUUCGAGGAAGAUGAAGAGAUUUCAUCAGAACAGUGGCAGGAAGCCUGCUGGGUUGUGAUUUCGGCGUAUUUCGACGAAAAAGGUCUUGUAAGGCAGCAGUUGGAUAGUUUCGAUGAAUUCAUUCAGAUGAAUGUCCAGCGAAUUGUUGAAGAUUCACCUCCUGUUGAAUUGCAAUCUGAAGUCCAGCAUUUUUCUGGUAAUAUACAUUUAUUAAUGGCGCGCUUACGAAAUUUAACAUAUUCUUCUCCUCUAUAUAUUGACAUAACGAAGACAAUGACACGAAACGGUGAAGAACCGAAAGAAACAAAAUAUGAAAAAGUGUUUGUCGGAAAGAUUCCGAUCAUGCUUAGAUCUUCAUAUUGCAUGUUAGCGAAUAUGUCUGAUCGUGACUUAUCCGAGCUGAACGAGUGUCCUUUGGAUCCUGGCGGCUAUUUUGUCAUUAAUGGAUCUGAAAAGGUACUGAUUGCUCAGGAAAAAAUGGCCACGAAUACAGUUUAUGUUUUUUCUAUGAAGGAUGGGAAAUAUACGUACAAAACUGAGUGUCGUUCCUGUCUUGAAAAUUCAAGCCGUCCAACGUCAACGCUAUGGGUUAACAUGUUACCUCGAAGUGGUGGAGGUAAUAAGAAAUCUGCCAUGGGACCUAAAAUUAUUGCUAUUUUACCAUACAUUAAACAGGAAAUACCUGUGAUGAUCGUGUUUCGCGCCCUAGGUUUUGUCUCUGAUCAUGAUAUAUUGGAGCACAUAAUUUACGAUUUCGAAGAUCCAGAAAUGAUGGAGAUGGUAAAACCAAGUCUUGAUGAAGCUUUUGUUAUUCAGGAACAAAACGUUGCGCUCAAUUUCAUUGGUGCACGUGGGGCCAAACCAGGUGUGACAAAGGAGCAACGUAUUAAAUAUGCCAGAGAAAUAUUACAAAAGGAAAUGCUCCCGCAUGUUGGCAUAUCGGAUUUUUGCGAAACGAAGAAAGCCUAUUUUUUGGGCUAUAUGGUCCAUAGGCUAUUAUUAGCAGCGCUUGGGCGUCGCGAACUAGAUGAUCGUGAUCAUAUGGGAAACAAGCGACUAGAUCUUGCUGGACCUUUGCUAGCAUUUCUUUUCCGGGCACUUUUCAGGAACCUUUUGAAAGAAGUUCGCUUGACGGCACAGAAAUACAUUAAUAAGAAUGGUGAUUUCAUGUUAGAUUUGUGCGUUAAAACACCACUUAUCACACGAGGCCUUGCAUAUUCUUUAGCAACAGGUAAUUGGGGAGACCAAAAAAAGGCACAUCAAUCAAGAGCCGGUGUCAGUCAGGUACUAAAUCGUUUAACAUACACUGCAACGUUGUCACACUUACGUCGUUGCAAUUCACCAAUUGGACGAGAAGGGAAGUUGGCAAAACCUCGUCAGCUGCAUAACACACAGUGGGGUAUGGUGUGUCCAGCCGAAACUCCUGAAGGACAAGCUGUAGGCUUAGUGAAGAAUCUUGCACUUAUGGCGUACAUUUCUGUGGGUAGUUUGCCAGAACCAAUUCUUGAAUUUUUGGAAGAAUGGUCUAUGGAAAAUCUCGAAGAAGUGGCACCAACAGCGAUUGCUGACGCGACAAAGAUUUUUGUCAAUGGAGCUUGGGUCGGCAUUCAUAGAGAUCCCGAACAACUGAUGACCACGUUGAAAAAACUACGACGAGAAAUGGAUAUUAUUGUUUCAGAGGUAUCUAUGGUGCGAGAUAUCAGAGAUCGAGAAAUUCGCAUUUACACAGAUGCUGGACGUGUCUGUAGGCCUCUACUGAUUGUUGAGAAUCAAAAAUUGGCUCUGAAAAGAAAGCAUAUUGAUCAGCUGAAAGAUAACAGCUAUACUUGGUCUGAACUUGUUGCGGGUGGCGUAGUCGAACUUAUUGAUGCUAUGGAGGAAGAGACCGUGAUGCUUGCAAUGAUGCCAGAGGAUUUGAAAGCUGGAGGAUACUGCGAUACUUACACACACUGUGAAAUUCAUCCGGCAAUGAUUUUAGGUGUUUGUGCCUCAAUCAUACCCUUUCCGGAUCAUAAUCAAAGUCCACGAAACACAUAUCAAAGCGCGAUGGGUAAACAAGCUAUGGGUGUCUAUACCACCAAUUUUCAUGUUAGGAUGGACACUCUUGCUCAUGUGCUAUAUUAUCCACAAAAGCCUUUGGUUACAACUAGAUCUAUGGAGUACCUAAGAUUCAAUGAGCUACCUGCUGGAAUUAAUGCUAUUGUCGCCAUUUUAUCUUAUACUGGUUACAAUCAGGAAGAUUCGAUUAUCAUGAAUCAAUCUGGUAUUGACAGAGGACUUUUUAGAUCGGUUUUUUAUCGUUCAUAUCGUGACCAAGAAGCUAAUUUAGACAAUGCAAAUGAAGAAUUGAUCGAAAAACCUACAAGGGACAAAUGUUCGGGUAUGCGACAUUCACUUUAUGAUAAACUUGAUGAAGAUGGUAUAAUCUCGCCUGGAAUGCGUGUUUCGGGUGAUGACGUCAUCAUUGGAAAGACAAUCUCACUACCAGAUACCGAAGAUGAUUUGGAUGCAGUAGUCAAACGAUAUAUGAAGAAAGAUGCCAGUACAUUUUUGCGAAGCAGCGAAACCGGCAUAGUUGAUCAAGUUAUGUUGACCCUGAACACAGAUGGUAAUAAGUUUGUUAAAAUUCGUGUGCGAUCAGUACGUUUGCCACAAAUUGGUGAUAAGUUUGCAUCAAGGCAUGGUCAAAAAGGUACAAUGGGUAUGAUGUACAGACAGGAAGAUAUGCCUUUUACAAAUGAAGGCAUAACUCCAGACAUCAUUAUAAAUCCACAUGCGGUGCCUUCUCGUAUGACAAUUGGACACUUGAUCGAAUGUUUGCAAGGGAAGUUGUCCGCGAAUAAAGGUGAGAUAGGUGAUGCAACACCUUUCAACGACACCGUGAAUGUUCAGAAAAUUAGUAAUUUAUUACAAGAAUAUGGUUAUCAUUUGCGUGGUAAUGAAAUCAUGUAUAAUGGACAUACUGGUCGAAAACUCACAAUUCAAGUUUUUUUGGGUCCAACUUAUUAUCAACGGUUGAAACAUAUGGUGGAUGACAAAAUUCAUUCAAGAGCUCGUGGGCCUAUACAAAUGAUGAACCGACAGCCCAUGGAAGGCAGAGCUAGGGAUGGCGGCCUUCGUUUUGGCGAAAUGGAAAGGGAUUGUCAGAUCUCGCACGGGGCAGCUCAAUUCUUGCGUGAACGUCUUUUUGAAGUAUCUGAUCCUUAUCAUGUAUAUAUUUGCAAUAAUUGCGGUUUAAUUGUUGUGGCUAAUUUACGAACAAACUCAUUUGAAUGCAAGGCGUGCCGAAAUAAAACACAAGUAUCGGCAUUUCGUAUCCCAUAUGCUUGCAAGCUGUUAUUCCAGGAAUUGAUGUCGAUGUCAAUUGCACCACGUCUUAUGAUUUCUUAA